AUGGAAAUUGAAGAAUGCGAAAGCACCACGAAUACCACAGAAUUGGGCAAACGGUUCAGUACCCACUCGUGUCUGAUCUUUGAUGAACUGAGGAGAUUCGGUCAGCUGUGCGACGCUGUUAUAAGAGUCGAGCAACAGGAAUUUCCCAUCCACAGAGCCAUUAUGUCGGCUAGUAGUCCCUACUUCCGGGCAUUGUUCACGAAUGCGUUUGACGUAGUCGAACGGCGUGAGGUAGAUAUUCCGGGAGUAACAGCCGAUAUCAUGCAGAUCAUCAUUGACUACGCAUACACCCGACGUGCCAAGAUCAAUGAGAGUAAUGUGGAGUAUCUACUUCCGGCUGCAGACCAAUUUCUGGUCCACGGUCUGGUCAGACGCUGUUGUGAUUUCCUCGCCGGGGAACUGGAAGCGGCAAAUUGCAUUGGCAUCCAUAAUUUUGCCCGUUACUAUUUCUGUCCGAACCUUGAGCGGAUAUCCUACCGAUAUAUGAUGCAUAACUUCAGUGAGGUCGUGGCCAUUAGUAAAGAAUAUACUGAUCUCAGUGUUGAAGAUGUGUGUGAAAUAUUGUCUUCUGACGAUCUAAAUGUGAAGAAUGAAGAAAUGGCUUUUAUGUCAAUUUUACGGUGGAUUGAUUGCGAUCCUACAAACCGAAAGUGUCACAUUUCUGUUUUGCUUCGGACCGUCCGUUUAGGGUUGCUGUCUACUCAAUAUUUUGUUGAGAAGGUCAAAUCUCACCCGUAUAUCAAGGAAAAUGACCAGUGUAAGCCUCUGGUCAUUGAAACACUCAAGUUCCUGUAUGAUUUGGACAUGGAUGAGGAUAAGGACCUCGACAUUACAAACCCGCUCGCGCGUCCACGCGUACCGCACGAGGUGAUGUUUGUCGUUGGGGGUUGGAGCGGUGGAUCACCUACAAAUGUCAUGGAAAGCUACGACAUGCGAGCAGAUAAAUGGAUUGUGUGUGACCAUGGCGAUGAAGGGCCAAGGGCAUACCACGGAACAGUUACAAUCGACAAAAAAAUCUAUGUCGCUGGGGGAUUUGAUGGGGUUGAGUACUUCAAUAGUGUGCGAUGUUUUGAUCCGGUAACAAAAUCCUGGUCCGAGGCAGCACCGAUGAACGCCAAACGGUGUUAUGUGAGCACGGCUGUCCUGAGAGGAUGUAUUUACGCCAUGGGUGGAUACGAUGGUCACGUGAGACUGAACACGGCGGAGCAGUACCUACCCGACCGGAACCAGUGGACUAUCAUUUCGCCAAUGAAUCAUCAACGUAGUGAUGCCAGCGCCACCACUCUCAAUGAUAAAGUGUACAUCUGUGGCGGAUUCAACGGCCAGGAGUGUUUAAAUUCAUCAGAAUAUUAUGAUCCCAACACUAACCAAUGGACUUGUUUUGCACCCAUGCGUAAUAGGCGCAGUGGUGUGGGCGUCAUAGCCUACGGCGAUCAGAUUUAUGCGCUCGGCGGGUUUAAUGGCGCCGCUCGUAUGAACACGGGUGAACGAUACAAUACCCUCACAGACAACUGGCAGUCCAUUCCAAUGAUGUAUAACCCACGGAGUAACUUUGGUGUAGAGGUAAUUGACGACAUGAUAUUUGCUAUUGGAGGAUUCAAUGGUGUCACCACCAUAUUCAAUGUGGAGUGUUUCGAUAGAACUUCUGACGAAUGGUUUGACGCAACAGAUAUGAACAUCUACAGAAGUGCUCUCAGCGCAUGCGUCAUCAAUGGCCUUCCUAACGUUCAGGAUUACACUCAUAAGGAAACUAGACCAAACAAAGAAACUGGAAAAAUGGAAGUGUUAUAA